GUCGUGGAUGCAGCUGGCUACGGUAUGCAACUACGUGGCUGGAUGCAACUAUCAUGGCUCAGCUGGACCUGUGACUGACCUAGCAGACAGGAAACUGGAGGAACUGGUGUCCUGAAUGCCAGCAGGUAACGAGGACCGUUCAUCUUGGAUGAAGGUACCUGUGGACACAUCUGGGAGGCGAGUUCCAGAAUUCGCCUGUCUGGUUCCGAUGCACACAGGAGCCACUACCUUUGGGCCAGAUGUAGUCCUAGGCCUGAGGAAGAAGAUGGUAGAGGGAAAUCUCCUUCUAUACCUUGCCAAGAAGCUAUAUAUUAAUAUGUUAGCAGAUGACACCCCUGAGCCGAAGUGUUUUGUGAACAGGUGGGCACCCCGGCAGUCGCCACGGUAUUCAGAUAGCCACAGCCGACUGGUGCUCACCCGUGACCACUCACUUGGUUGGCCCAGCAGUGUUGCUGGGGAGAACAGCUUCCUUUUCAGAAGGAACCUGGGUCUCCCGCAAUGCAUAUCACCCCAAGGUGAACCCCUGGGCACAAAUGGGUUGCGUCAGGAGAGAAAUGCAGUCCCCUCCAAUGCAAUUACCUGAGGGGGGAGGUGUAACCAGCGUACACACAGUGAAGGACGCAGCCUCCAUUUUGUUAAGAGUAUCCAUGUUAUUCCCUCAUUCUUCCCCCCCUCCAUCUCUGAGAGCACGGUGACAUAUGGCAGCAUGUGCGUGUGU